AUGACUUCGUCCGAAGCGUCCUCUCCAGCUCCGGAAGAAUUCCUCGACAGUCGUAAGCCUGAAGCCGAGCGCGGAACAAAGAGGAAGCGCCAGGACCUUGCUUCAGUAGCUUGCAAUUCUUGUCGAUCACGGAAGGGGAAGUGCGAUGAGGUUCGACCAGUUUGCGGAACAUGCAUAAGAUUGAAUCAGCGAUGCGUAUACGAAGAACGGCGCAAGCCCAAGCUCGAAGUAAUCCUGGGAGACAUACUAAACUCACUGCAGUUGCUCCAGUUGAGUACAGAUCAGAUCUUGUCCAGCAGAUCCAGACCAGUACGCAACCGCCCAAGACCUGCCGCAAGUCCUCAACCAGAGAGCUCUACCGUCCAUCAUAGCCAGCUCCAUCAAUUACCAACGGCUUCAUGGGCCCACCUCCCAGUGGAACAGAGCCAGGAUUCUCCUGAUGUUACAGACUUCCGAGAUUUCAGACAUGCUACGGCAGCUCACAAGCUCUACUCUUGGCCGCAGAUCCAACGAAGCGUCACGGGUGUGGACAUCAUGUACCCUAUCGUAGCCGAGUUCGCUCACACCACGUUGAGCACCUCGAUCAUACCACCGUUUCGUCUCGCCCAGGUACAACACCCAGGCCAAGCCGACUUCACUGAUUGCAUAACAGGCCGCGAUGUGCGGACGCUCUUGGGCCACUACUUCCGAGACUAUUAUCCGGUCUACCCUAUCGUAGCCAAGCCGCGGAUCAAUGAAAUCAGUCAGACGAUUAUUCUAGAUCGAGGCUUUGGCCUCGACAGUGAGAGUUGUAUGCUCCUCCUGGUCUUUGCACUGGGGGCUUUCUCUGCUUAUUUUCACGGGGAGGCCGACUGGGGUCAAGCAGGAGCAGAUUCUGCAGCCACUCCCCCCGGAAUCGGCUUUUUCAACAAGGCAAGACACAUGCUGGCUCUGCUUCCAAAGGGACGGAUUGAGACUGCCCAAUGCCAUGUGCUGACGGGGUUAUACUAUGCUCAACUGUUACGAGCCUAUGACUUCUGGUCAUCCAUCCACGAAGCGGCGAUCACUAUUUGUCACAUCAUUUCCUUAUCCGGCCCGGACAAAGUUAGUGCAGACAUCGUCCGAGGCUUCUGGGUGACAUACAUUCUGGAGAGUACCAUUCUGGCGGAGCUUGACCUUCCGGCGUCAAAGUUAUACCAGCUCCAAGACACGGUGCCGUUGCCGUUCGGCUACGACGACGGUCACUCGCCAACAACAGAUUCGGAUUCCGAGUGUCACUUUGUAUUGUUGGCCAACAUCGCACUCCGAAAAUUGCUCAACCGGGCAUAUCAGACAAUAUACUCGACAGAUUCUCUCGGAGCGGUUGCUCCCGACAUGAGCAAUCCGCACACAUCAUUAAACUACGAGUUGUCACUUCAGCUGGACCGCUGGCGUCAUCACUUGCCUCCCUCAAUCUCGUCAAAGAUGGACACCGAUUGGGUUGACUAUGUCGGUGAGUCCCCAAACAACCUCAUGGGCCUGCUGAGAGCCAGGUAUUGGGUCUCCAAGUUUGUCGUCUACCGGCCCUACAUUCUCAAAGCCAUCUCGGCUGAGCCUGGGGAUCUGACAUCGGAUGAUUUGCACAAGGUAGAAGAAUGCCUGGAUGCCGGGCUGAGGGUUCCUCAAGAAGUAGGACUACUGACUACAAGGGCUCGUCUAGUGGUGUCGCCGUUUGCGCCCAUUCGAAGGUAA